AUGAGGUUAAACGUGUGUCUCGCCGUCAGAUGCCAGCGUCCGGGGAGUGAGCUGCGGCGCAGCGUCGCCCGCAAAGACUUGCAGCUAGAGGGCCGAGGCGCGUGGGGAGGGCGCGCGCGCGGCGCCGGCGCGGCGCGGCCCGGCUGGCGGCGGCGCGAGCGGGACCAACCGCGCAGGCCCAUGGAGAUGCUAACCAGCCUCUACGCUCUGCUGUCGGGCGGGCAAGGUGUCAACCCUAAGAUCGAUUCGAUUGCCUUCCGGCUGCACUGCGGCGCGACGACGGCAGCCCUGCUGGCCGCCAGCGCGGCUCUCACCACGCGCCACCUCGUUGGGAACCCCAUCGACUGCAUACACACAAGGGACAUUCCGGAAGACGUGCUGAACACUUACUGCUGGAUCCACUCGACGUUCACGGUGGCGGGGGGCGCGGGGGAGGCGUACCCGGGGGUGAAGGGCGCGGGGGCGGCGCCGCACCGCCGCGCCAAGUACUACCAGUGGGUAGCCUUCACUCUGUUCCUACAGGUUAGUGGUUACUGA